GUCGCUGCUUGGCUCUCGAUGAACACCUGCUUGUGUACUGACAGGGUAGUUGCAUUGUCACCCUGUGUUUUAGUAAUGGGUUGAAACAGUAUGGCAUCUUCUGCUGUUGAUGGUCCAAUUGGAAUUCCCUUCCCGGACCAUAGUAGUGAUGUUUUGUGUGCUCUCAAUGGGCAGCGUCAGCGAGGAGAAUUAUGUGAUGUACUUCUUCUUUGCCAAGGUCGGGAUUUUCCUGCGCAUCGUUCAGUCCUUGCAGCCUGCAGUCUCUACUUUCGCCAGCUAUUUACCUCAGGUCCAGCAGUUGAAAGACUAACUGUUUAUCAACUGGACUUUGUAACUGCUGAAUCGCUCUCUGCUCUUCUUGACUUUGCUUAUACAGCCACCUUAACAUUGAGUGCGGGCAAUGUGGGUGAGAUUCUGGAUGCUUCACGAUUGUUGGACAUUAGCACAGUUCGGAAUGUGUGUGCUGAUCUUUUAGAUGGCCCUUUUUUUGGAGGGAAGGAAUCUGAACAUUUAAGUGACCCACAAAACUUGGCACGAGCACAAGAAUAUCUGGAGUACUUUCAGAGCAAGGGACAGGAAGGGAGUUCUUGGAACAGCACUUGUCCGUUGGGGCAGGAAACAGAGCUGUCUUCUAAAUUGGAAGAGGCAUAUCACCAAACAUUACAAAAGAAUGGGUCAGAAGGGCAGCUUUUGGAUGAAUGGCAAGGGAAGGAUGAGGACCAAAUGUAUGUCCCUUCACAGAAUGGACAUUACAGACUAAUGGCUGACGAUAAGAAUCGUGAUGAGGGGCCUGAACCACCUGAGGCAGAAGGUUCACCACUUCUUGGAGGUCUGGCUGGAGGGUCAUGUUUAGAUGAAAUGGACAGUCUGACAGCAAGUGCCCUGUUGCAGCACAUGAUGAGCACAUCUCGAGGGAGGGUGUGGGCCCAGAAGAUGAGGAGUGAAGAUGGAAUUAUGGACUAUUACUUGAAAUACUUCCGUAGUGGUCCUCAUGAGGAGGAGGAGGAGGAGGAAGAAGAAGGUGAAGAAGGGACAGGUGGCUAUGCAGGUUGGAGUCAAAAAGUAGAGAAAAAAAUGAGGGCUAAAGCCUUUCAAAAAUGUCCCAUCUGUGAGAAGGUUAUUCAGGGAGCAGGAAAGCUGCCUCGGCACAUACGCACUCACACUGGAGAAAAACCGUAUGAGUGCAUUAUCUGCAAGAUCCGAUUCACCAGGCAGGACAAGCUAAAGGUCCACAUGCGGAAACACACAGGAGAGAAGCCUUACCUGUGCCAGCAGUGCGGUGCAGCUUUUGCUCAUAACUACGACCUGAAAAAUCACACUCGUGUACACACUGGGCUGCGUCCUUACCAAUGCCAGGCAUGCCACAAAACCUUUGUGCGUUCAGACCAUCUCCAUAGACACCUAAAGAAGGAUGGCUGCAAUGGGAUCCCCUCUCGCAGAGGGCGUAAACCCCGGAUUCGAGAAGGGAUUGCUCCACUUUCAGGGAAUGGCAACGGUCUGGGUGAAAUUCAGGCUGAGUGUCCCAGUUUGGGAGCUGGAAGCACUUCCUAAAGAAAACCAAAAACAAACUCGAAAAUUCUCUAAAUCUAUAUAUAUAUACAUAUAUAUAUAAAUCUAUAAUUAUAUCAAAGUAUAUUUGGGGUUGCCUAAUUAUCACUAUCCUCAUGGGAGGGUUGGGACUUGGUGUAUAUACUCAGCACAGGGGACCAGAGAGGGGAACUGUGUUCUCCUGGGAUUAUGGGAGGCAGAAUGCUUGGAAUGAAUGACUGCAGGGUAAUA